GGCGUUCCGGGCGGCUGCAGAGGAGGCCAAGCUGUACCCUGCGUUUUUGUUUGCGGCAGCUCAUUCGUUGCUUAUUAAGCACUUUUCACGGACAUGGAAUACAAUUGUCCACGGUGACCACACUCAUGGCAGGUCCCCUGUGGCGGACUGCAGCAUUUGUGCAGAGACACAGGACAGGCCUUUUGGUGGGUUCCUGUGCAAGCCUGUUUGGAGUUCAAAUCUCGUACCACCUCUUCCCGGAUCCCGUGGUCCAAUGGCUCUACCAGUAUUGGCCUCAGGGCCAGCCAGCCCCGCUCCCUCCACAGCUGCAGAGCCUCUUCCAAGAGGUGCUACAGGACAUAGGUGUUCCUUCAGGCCAUUGCUACAAGCCCUUCACCACCUUCACCUUCCAGCCCGUGAGUGCAGGCUUCCCAAGACUCCCUGCUGGGGCUGUGGUGGGCAUCCCUGCCAGUUUCUUGGGGGACCUAGUGAUCAGCACUGACCAUCCCGUGGUCAUACAUGGGCAAAGAGUGGACUGGCGAAGCCCAGCAGGAGCCCGGCUGAGAGCUGCCCUGACCCUGUCCCAUGAAGCCCAGAAGUUCGCCUUGGCCAGGGAAGUGGUGUACCUGGAAAGCAGUACCACUGCCCUGCAGGCCCUGCUGGCCCCAGCUUGCCUGGCAGGGACCUGGGCACUGGGCGUGGGUGCCAAGUACACCCUGGGGCUCUAUGGAGGCCCCAUGAAUUUACGGGCUGCCUUCAACUUGGUGGCUGCAGUGGCAGGCUUUGUGGUCUACGCCUUCUCCAAGGAUUCUCUCACUCAUGCCCUGGAGUCCUGGCUGGACCGCCGCACGGCCUCCCUCUCUGCAGCCUAUGCCUGCGGUGGAGUGGAGUUCUAUGAGAAGCUUCUGUCGGGCAAUGUGGCCCUGCGCAGUCUCUUGGGCAAGGAGGGGGAGAAGCUGUAUACACCCAGCGGGAACAUCAUCCCCAGACACUGGUUCCGCAUCAAACAUUUACCCUACACCACCCGCCGGGACUCUCUGCUGCAGAUGUGGAGGGUGAUGCUCAACCCGGGCCGCUCCUGAUGGGCUCAUCACAAGGACACUUCCAGCUUGUGCAGACACCACCCUGCCAUUGAGUCUGGAGGGCCCUGUUGGAGCCUUUGGAUCUAUAGCUCAAGGCCAGAAAAAUCACAGGCUUUGGAAUUAAAUAGCUUAGAUUCUACUGUAAUCACUACUUGAUGAACUCAGGGACUAUGAGGGACUAUUCAGGGACUAUGAAUCUGAGGCUUCGUUUCUUGGACUGUAAAGCGGAGAUGAUGUAAACUACCUUGCAAGAUUGUGGAGUUGGGUAAGGUCAUGAACAUAAAGGCCUGGCGCAAAGGGUGCGCUGUAAAUAAACAGACAUCCCUCCUU